AUGGAGGGCCAGGCCCGUGGAGCGGAAGAGGACCUGGAGACUGCGGGCGGAGCAGGCAGUGCAGUAGACCAGGGCAGAGGAGGCAGUGCAGGAGACCAGGGCGGAGCAGGCAGUGCAGUAGACCAGGGCAGAGGAGGCAGUGCAGGAGACCAGGGCGGAGGAGGCAGUGCAGGCAACCAGGGCAGAGGAGGCAGUGCAGGAGACCAGGGCGGAGGAGGCAGUGCAGGAGACCAGGGCGGAGCAGGCUGUGCAGGCGACCAGGGUAGAGCAGGCAGUGCAGGAGACCAGGGCGGAGCAGGCAGUGCAGGCGACCAGGGUAGAGCAGGCAGUGCAGGCAACCAGGGCAGAGGAGGCAGUGCAGGAGACCAGGGCGGAGGAGGCAGUGCAGGAGACCAGGGCGGAGGAGGCAGUGCAGGAGACCAGGGCAGAGCAGGCAGUGCAGUAGACCAGGGCAGAGGAGGCAGUGCAGGAGACCAGGGCGGAGGAGGCAGUGCAGGAGACCAGGGCAGAGCAGGCAGUGCAGGCGACCAGGGCGGAGCAGGCAGUGCAGUAGACCAGGGCAGAGGAGGCAGUGCAGGAGACCAGGGCGGAGGAGGCAGUGCAGGAGACCAGGGCAGAGCAGGCAGUGCAGGCGACCAGGGCGGAGCAGGCAGUGCAGUAGACCAGGGCAGAGGAGGCAGUGCAGGAGACCAGGGCGGAGCAGGCAGUGCAGGAGACCAGGGCAGAGCAGGCAGUGCAGGAGACCAGGGCAGAGGAGGCAGUGCAGGAGACCAGGGCGGAGGAGGCAGUGCAGGAGACCAGGGCGGAGGAGGCAGUGCAGGAGACCAGGGCGGAGGAGGCAGUGCAGGCAACCAGGGCAGAGGAGGCAGUGCAGGAGACCAGGGCGGAGGAGGCAGUGCAGGAGACCAGGGCGGAGGAGGCAGUGCAGGAGACCAGGGCGGAGCAGGCUGCAGUGCAGUAGACCAGGGCAGAGGAGGCAGUGCAGGAGACCAGGGCGGAGCAGGCAGUGCAGGAGACCAGGGCGGAGGAGGCAGUGCAGGAGACCAGGGCAGAGCAGGCAGUGCAGUAGACCAGGGCAGAGGAGGCAGUGCAGGAGACCAGGGCGGAGGAGGCAGUGCAGGAGACCAGGGCAGAGCAGGCAGUCCAGGCGACCAGGGCGGAGCAGGCAGUGCAGUAGACCAGGGCAGAGGAGGCAGUGCAGGAGACCAGGGCGGAGGAGGCAGUGCAGGAGACCAGGGCAGAGCAGGCAGUGCAGGCGACCAGGGCGGAGCAGGCAGUGCAGUAGACCAGGGCAGAGGAGGCAGUGCAGGAGACCAGGGCGGAGCAGGCAGUGCAGGAGACCAGGGCAGAGCAGGCAGUGCAGGAGACCAGGGCAGAGGAGGCAGUGCAGGAGACCAGGGCGGAGGAGGCAGUGCAGGAGACCAGGGCGGAGGAGGCAGUGCAGGAGACCAGGGCGGAGGAGGCAGUGCAGGCAACCAGGGCAGAGGAGGCAGUGCAGGAGACCAGGGCGGAGGAGGCAGUGCAGGAGACCAGGGCGGAGCAGGCUACGACCCAAAACCAGAACUCCCGGCUGUUCUAGAGCCUGUUACCCUGGCUGAUGGAGUGUCUUCAGGCAGCAUCAUGAUUAACAUGGAACAGAGGAUCCCAAGCCGGAAGUGUAACUGUGGAGGAUUCCAAAAGAUUGGAGCUGUGAUCCGGCCUGAGAAAAACAGCCUAUCCUGA